AUGCCAUGGGAAGGUUACAAUUCUGAAGAUGCGGUACUCAUUAGCGAGCGUCUGGUAUAUGGAGAUAUUUAUACUUCUUUUCACAUACGGAAAUAUGAAAUUCAGACCCAUGUGACAAGCCAAGGCCCCGAAAGGAUCACUAACAAAAUACCGCAUUUAGAAGCACAUUUACUCCGCAAUUUAGACAAAAAUGGAAUUGUGAUACUGGGAUCUUGGGUAGAGACGGGCGAUAUUUUAGUAGGUAAAUUAACGCCUCAGAUGGCGAAAGAAUCAUCGUAUGCCCCGGAAGAUAGAUUAUUACGAGCCAUACUUGGCAUUCAGGUAUCCACUUCAAAGGAAACUUGCCUAAAACUACCUAUAGGUGGUCGAGGUCGAGUUAUUGAUGUGCGAUGGAUCCAGAAAAAGGGUGGUUCUAGUUAUAAUCCAGAAACGAUUCGUGUAUAUAUUUCACAGAAACGUGAAAUCAAAGUAGGUGAUAAAGUAGCUGGAAGACAUGGAAAUAAGGGUAUCAUUUCCAAAAUUUUGCCUAGACAAGAUAUGCCUUAUUUGCAAAGGCAUGAUAUCACGCAAGUCAUUCAGACAUUCAUAUGUGCCGGUCAUGUGAUGCAAAGCCCCUGUGUCAAUAAUCCAAGGCAAAAUAUUUUGCUUACCUAUCAACCUCUCAUUGGCACCACAUUUGUGUGA